AGAUGUGAGAAAGACGCCCAUCUAAUAGGACGUACUACAAAAACAUUCAGCUGUCGGUGACAUUGAUCGUUGCGAUUAGUUGAUCGAGCCUUUUUUCGGCGCCAUGGCGCCGUAAAACGCACCAACACGCCGUGGUCAUUCGAGGAAAAGGUCAUGGAAGAUGAGGAGACGACGGAAGAGGAGCAAAUUUUCCACAACCUAGUCCGCGAUUACGUCAUCUCGUUGCUCUUGUUCUUGUCUCUGAUCGGGGCGAGCUGGUGCCUGGUGAAACGGUACAGAAAACGAGAGCGCGACGACAUCUUGAUCGACGAUGAGGAAGCCACCGUGUACAGAAUUAGUUUGUGGCUGUGCACGUUCUCUCUGGCCGUGGCGGCCGGCGCGGUCCUCCUCCUUCCCAUCUCCAUAGUCAGCAACGAGGUUCUGCUGCACUACCCCAAGUCGUACUACAUUCAGUGGCUCAACAGCUCUCUCAUCCAGGGCCUUUGGAACAACAUUUUCCUCUUCUCAAAUCUCUCCCUCUUCGUGCUGCUGCCCUUCGCCUACCUCUUCACCGAGUCCGAGGGCUUCGUCGGGCACAGAAAGGGAAUCCUGUCCAGGAUCUACGAGACAUUCAUUGUACUCUGCCUGCUGGCCUUUGUGGUGCUUGGCUUGGCGUUCAUUUUAUCGUCCAUUUUCGACAGUGACAAGUCCAGUCUGCAGAAACUGAUCAAUCUCUGGAGCUAUUACUUGCCAUUUAUUUAUUCAUGCGUCUCAUUUAUGGGAGUGCUUCUUCAGUUGUUGUGCACGCCUGUCGGUUUAGUCCAGCUCUUCUCAACCGCCAGCCAGUUUCUCGUGAAGCCGCAGUUCCUGCGUGAUCUCAAUGAAGAAUAUUUUGUUGCCAAGUUUGAGGAGGAGUGUUUGAGGAAGCAGUUGGAAGCGUACUCUUGCCGCUCCCGCACUCUUGCGCACUCGAUAUCAUGCGACACGCCGAGGCGGAGAAGAUGCAUGUCCGACAACGAGGACGAAGACGUCGUUGACGCGGGGUCGCCGUUCACGUCGUCCGUGUUCAGCUCGACCAUUCUCUUAUCGAGCUCCACUAUUUUGCCUCGGUCGCCAGACGAUCCGGAUGCUGGCCUUAGAAAUGGCGCCUUAAAAGCGAGUCUGACUCAGAGACUGAAAGCAGCCGAGGCCAAGUCUUGUUUACUACAGAAAGAAAGGCACGGGUCGUCGUUGAAGAGAAAUUUUCUGUAUCCCAUUGCGAUGUUGCUGCUCCUACUCUUGACGUGCACCACUGUUGUGAUUGUAGUGCAGAAUUCAGUGCAGUUGCUCAUCGGACUGAAGGAGCUGCCUCGUAGCAAUAACGAACAAGUUACCCUUGGCUUGGCAUCGCUGUCCAAGAUGGGGAUGUUUGGUGCCACGCUCGAGAUUGUGCUGAUCGUGAACCUUGUGGCCACGUCUGCUGUCGGCCUCUUCUCGUCGUCCCUGAUGAAGAAAGUUAGGCCUGUGCCAGGUGCAACACCGCUCUCCCACAUCAUCCUCCACUGCGCCGUGCUGCUCCUGCUCAGCUCGGCCCUACCUCUGCUCUCCAAAAUACUAGGUAUCACCAACCUCGACUUAUUGGGCGAGUUUGGACAAGUGGAAUGGCUGGGCUCUCUAAUGAUCGUCCUUUCAUACAAUCUGCUGUUUGUGCUGUCCGUGUCUGCUUGUUUAGCAACAAAGUUCACUGCAACUGUUCGCGAAGAGCUGUUUACAAGGCUGAAAGGUUUUGCCGUGUCGCUGGUGAGCAACGACACAAACUGCCCGACGUGGCCCAACAGCCCGAUUCAGGCGACGGGCGCCGCGAGCCCUUCCACCGCCGCAAAAGUAGAUUAAUUUAACAAUGCAGUCUGAUCAAAACUGAAAUUUGAAGAGAAUAACGUAGCCUUUAAGCACAAGCCUUAAUUGUUAAGAUUUUUAUGAAGACUGCAAAUUGUAUUGUAAGUGGAAAAUGUACCCCGAACGGAACGGACGGACGGACGUGCGUGUGUGCAGCCAUACUCAAGGCUCCUAUUACUCAUAAUCAUCGUUUUAAUUUCGCAUGGUAUUAUAUGAUUACGUUAUUGGCAUAGUGAGAUGAUGUGUAAAAUAAAAUGCAUUUAUUGUAAAGAUGUGUGCACCUUGCCGUAAAAAUGAAUGUGAUCAAUUCUCUUGGGGUGAAGCUAUCAACUGACCAGUUUGAUUUUGCUCAAUUUCAUUGGAUUCAAUUUUUAAUAUUCGUUCCAAAAGCACAACUUGAUUGCCAAGCGAAGCAAUAGUUUUGCAGUAAUGAAAUUGUACAGUACACGGAUGGAGAACAAUAAAACUUAAAUAAUUGA